UUGGUCGCGUGUGCGCAGCGCGCGGCGCGCGAGUGUGGCGAGGAGCUGAAGCGUGCGCGCGCGGAGCUGGCGGCGGCGCGCUCGGGCGAGGCGGAGGCGAAGCGCGCGCUGGCGGCCGCCGCCGCGGCGGAGCGCCAGCGCCGCGCCGAGCACACGCAGCUGCGCCAGGCGCACGCCGCGCUGCAGCACAAGGUGUCGACGUGGCGCGUGUCAGAACGCGCGUCGCUGGAGCGGCGGCUGUCGGAGGAGCGGCGCGCGCGCGCGGCCGCCGAGCAGCAGCUGCAGCGCGCCAGGAACACCUCGCGCACGCCCAACGGCGAGUGCAGCAGCUCGGGGUGCGGGGCGCGGCGCGCGGCGCACGAGGCGGAGGCGGGCGCGCUGCGCCACGAGCUGGCGGCCGCGCGCGCGCAGCUGCAGCAGCUGCAGCACGACCUGCAGGCCGCCAACGAACAGGUGCGUUCGCUGGAGGCGCAGCGCUCGGACAACGGGUCGCCGCUGCGGCUAGCGGAGGCGUGGCGCGCGCUGCAGGAGCGCGCCGCGCACCUCGAGCGCGCGCUCUCCGCCGAGACGCGCGUCAAGCUGGACCUGCUGUCCGCGCUCGGGGACGCCAAGCGGCGUCUGCACAUACAGGAAGGCACAAUAUCAAAACAAGAAAAAGAAUUAGAGGAACUGAAAGCUCAAAUGUUGGCGGUGAUGCCUACGGAAUUCAUGACGCCAGUCAGCAGUUCAGUCUCCAAAUUGCGUCUAUCCGACGGAUCGCCGCUGGACCCAAACGCCUCCGUCUACACGCCGAAACAACUCAUGUCCGACGCCUGA